AAUUGCAUUGGGUGCGCGCCCUUCACCCUGGCUCACAAGUGCCAGUUGAAGUGCGAAACAUUCUUCAUGCACGUGCUGUGGGGAUUAGCCGACACGAUCAGUGUGGUGUUUGCUAUGACGGUCUGUGGUUCAAGACAGCGAAACGCAUUCUAAACCUCUGCAGUAGAGUGAUUGAGUGAAAGCGGAAUGUCUAUGAAGAAGCCUUUACCGAAGUCACAACAUUCCUUCCAUACGGAUAGCUCAUGGUCGAAGCCAUCUCAUCCAGUGAUGUGUGUGGACCAAAACGUUGCGCCGUCGCCACCACAACGGCCUAAACGGUCUUGGGUGCGAAGCAAACGGAUUUCGCUUGGUUGUCUCGGAUGGCGAUCGGCGGAAAGUCCAAAGAGCCAGCUUGCGUUGUCGUAUCGUGGAGCAGAACCGCGUCGCUACGAAUCCCAUCAUCACUUCACCUCUACCACGGACGAAUCUACCCGCGACUCCAAGACCUCACGACCACCUCCAGCUGAAUCAGGAGAUAGAUUAUAUAAAAGGGGGCGCCCAAAAACGGGGUCUGGAGCUGAUGCCCUGCUUCGCCGGUUACGAAAACGGUCGGUGCACAAGGGUGGGCCCACUUUGAACGACAGUGACCCUUCGCCUUCUUGUCAUCCCCACACCAGGUCCCUCUCUGAGUCCCAAACGGGUGAUUUUUUCUCUAAUGUGGACACCGAGUGGCAGCUUCCCACCAAAUCCGCCUUUGAUUCGCAUUCAAGCGCCAGUCGAUCCAUUCUGUCUGUUAAGAGUGCUCCCGAAUUUACGGAGGAUGUUUCAUCAUCCUCACCAGAUUUUACCUCAAACGGGAAUGGCGGGAGGUUCCCCGGAAUGAAACUUAACAAUAUCAUUCAGCCAAUUACAGUGGGGUCUUCUAACAUGAAUCAGUUUUGUGCUCUCGCUGAUACAGCGCAACCAAGAGAUGGGCCUGAUCAACUUUUAUAUCCCCGUCAAACGUUACGAUAUCCUUACCACUUGCCGAAAACAACAACCUCUUUGUUCAGGCCAUUGAGUCAGCCAAGUUUUCUGCAACAUGGUUGUCCCUGGAAUACCAGUGUAGAGCAGAGUCGUUGGUUUGAUCUGCCACAUCCACCCUUCCCAGAGACAACAGGAUUACAGGAGGCACCUGCGUACCCGGUCUUGGGUCUCAUGACUGAAGCAACUUUUACUAUGCCGUCAACAUCACCAUAUGGUCCACUCCCUUUUCGUCCAAGCUACAGCGCACACGAAAGCCAGGUAACACAUUCUUCACGAAACUUCCCAAUCCUGUUGGAGAAACCACAGCUUCUAUCAAACUCAGAUUCUGCACACAAAACUCACAUGAAUUCACCUCGCGCAGAUUUUGCUGCUUCUGACAAAUGUUGGCCCCAUGUUUCAACAAGUGGCCUGGUCGGUACUUGCUAUCCGGUUCAUUAUACUACGGGUCAUCCGGCUGCACCAGAGCCAGCAGAGAUGGUCUAUCGAUACACAACCAGCCCACUCCAAGGUCGCGCUAUACGCGAUGCACAUGUACAAACCGAUGAACCACCAACACCACCGUCACAUUUGCUGCGUUUGGAGAACAGUCGCUGUGCCGCGGCAAUUGGCACACAUGGUUUGCCAACGCGUCCAGACUCGCUUUUGUCCAGUUCGUCUCUGACGGCAGACUCGUCCGCCUCUGAAUCCGCUCCAAACUCGUCCUCUUCACGUGACUCAGCGCUAGGCGGUGGUUGCAGCUCUACGCAUCGGACCUUUGAAACAAGCAAACUCAGCAACACACUAUCCGGCACAGUGGAAUCGCCCAAAUUGCACGCGAUGCAUUUCCAUCAAAAUCGAGGGGUCGGCACUGAACUAGUUACCCCUGGGGAAAGUCGACGCCCAACCCCGUUUAGAGUGAUGAGACCGAAAGUGUCUCUGGCACACACACCAUUGGAUAUGAGUCAUCCACCGACACCGAAAAGAACCGCAUUACCCAGCCUCAACAUCGUCGGCGACCCACCGUCCAGUCCCUUGAGGACUAGUCAGAGGAUUCGAGCUGAACGGAAAAAUUCCUCCUAUGUGAACGCCGCUCUUUACCAGCUGCCAACCACUCAAGCCGGGGACCGUCGAAUCCUUGGAUCACUCUCACCGCCAACAGCCUGGGCUCAGUUGCUCCCCUAUCGAGUGUCCACAGUUCCCCAGAAUUUGUCCGAGCGUUUAAAGAAGUCUGAAACGCUGCCGAACGAUGUAUGGGUUCACAUGCAGCACUCUUGUAGUGGAAUCGAGCGAGAGCAUCAAACGAUUGACGGUCUGAGUUCCAUUUGCGAUGCAAGUGAUUGGCACAAAAAUGCCUGCCCUCGAUCCCCUCCCCCAAGACCUCCGAUGAGAACAAGUUCUCAGAAGCAAGCAACGGCCAUUCGACCACCACUGUUGUCUCAGCAGAAUCAUCCGGUUGGGAACACAUCAACACGACCAAGCUCGGAUAAAACCUUACCGCACGCGACCGACCCCGUUGUUCAAACCGGUGACUUUGUCCAUGCCAUGUUCUCCAGCUCACACGAUCAGAUGGAAGACAGCCCUGUUCUCUGUCGUUACUCGCAACUUUAUACACUGCCUUUUAAUCCCAAAUCCUCGGCUAUACCAAAGAACAUCACCGAACGUUUGCCUCCACCCAUCUCCAGUAACGUUGAACCCCCCGUGAUGCAGAUGGGGAAACUACACUUGACCAGCUAACUGUAAUUGGCGAAUGUCAUCUGACUGGCGCCUCCUCUAUAGUACGCCUAGGUCUCAGCGUUCCUUGCUCCACAUCGAAGUUCGUUGCAGUUAACAACGUUGCACUCCGAACAAGCAAAGUUUACACACCCGGUCCAUCUGCGCGCUAUUUUUUUCUUUUGGAACUAUUGAUUUGACGGAAGCUCAAUCCCAGUAAGGUUUUUCGUAUCUGACUUUUCGUACCUGCCCCCCCCCCAUUCCCGAAUCAUGCAAUGCCAUCUUUUGCCUAUUUUCUCCGCUGUUCUCAUUUUACGGCUGUGUUAUUUUGAACACUUUCUAGCUCUAUAUUUUACCGGAUGUUACCAUUGAAUUUUACCUCCGAGUUCUGCCAUGUCUGAUGC